AUGACAGAGCUGCAAAUAAACUCACGUACCAAUCACAACGGCAAGAUUUCCUCUCAUGCGGAUAUUCCACAUCUCAAGCAGCAUUUCACAAGCUUCGUGGUGUCCCAGAAUCACACUUCACGUUCUGGACAGUGCAGAAAGGACACUACAAACAGAGCAUGUAUGCAAAAGAAGGAAAAGGCUGAAGAUUUGGUACCAACGCCAGGAAAACAAAUGCUCGUGGGCACCUUGAAGCAGUUUGCCGCAGUGGCUCAGGAGCUUGCUAUAGGAAAGUUGUAUCAAUUCUAA